AUGGUCGCAAAAAUCGAUGGGAAUGCGAAGUGUUCCCUCCACCGUGACGUCGCCUCGCUAGCGUCGGCGAAGCCCUCCACGAUGGCAUGGAUGCCUAAAUCCGUUGUGCCACAAUCUGACGUGCCAGAGACGGCCGCUCGACCUCCGUUGACUUCGCAUCAGUCCAAUUCUCUUCCUUCCACUCCAUACCAGCAUGCGCGCAACCUUUCCUUCCACUCGCGGUCGCCGUCCCCCGCCCGCGGAAGCACCUCCCCUCGAUCAACCCACUCCGAGGCCACACAUCUACCCCCGUUCUCCCGGAAACCGCUCGGAGGAUGUAAAUAUGAGACCGCCAUGGCGUAUUUUCGACGACGGAUACCGUAUAGCCUAGGGGCAGAUAUACUACCAGAGGAGAAGGGCCCAUUGAAGGAGCGACUCAGCCCGGACGAGGAGAAAAAAUUGUCGACUGAAAUCAUGGAUCUGUAUGAUCAAUUGUUACCAUCUGCCGAGAGUGAUGAUCGACGACGACAACUUGUUCGCAAAUUAGAGAAGCUUUUUAAUGACCAAUGGCCUGGUCAUAAUAUUAAGGCGAACAUUUUUGGCUCAUCGGGGAAUAAACUCUGUUCCAGUGACUCGGAUGUGGACAUUUGCAUCACAACCAACUACAAGGAAUUGGAGCAUGUGUGCCUGUUGGCCGAGGUGUUAGCUAAACACGGGAUGGAACGGGUGGUGUGUGUAUCGCACGCAAAGGUCCCCAUCGUGAAGAUUUGGGACCCGGAACUCCGAUUAGCCUGUGACAUGAAUGUCAAUAAUACCUUGGCGUUAGAAAAUACUCGAAUGAUUCGGACAUAUGUUGAGGUAGAUGAAAGAGUGCGGCCUUUGGCAAUGACCGUCAAGCACUGGACGAAGCGAAGAAUUCUCAAUGAUGCGGCACUUGGGGGAACUCUUAGUUCUUAUACCUGGAUCUGUUUGAUCAUUAACUUCUUGCAAACAAGAAACCCUCCAAUUCUCCCAAGUUUGCAAGCACGUCCGCACAAGAAGAGGAUGACUCAGGAUGGAUUGGUCUGCUCGUUCGAUGACGACCUCAAGACCUUGUCUCAAUUUGGCCGCAAGAACAAGCAAUCGGUUGGCGAGUUGCUCUUUUCGUUUUUCCGGUAUUAUGGCUACGAACUUGAUUAUGAGAAGAACGUCAUCUCAGUACGAGACGGCACCCUGAUCAACAAAGAGGCCAAGGGCUGGCACCUGAUGUUGAACAACCGACUGUGCGUGGAGGAGCCGUUCAACACGUCAAGAAAUCUAGGCAACACCGCUGAUGACACCUCGUUCCGGGGAUUACAUUUGGAGUUGCGAAGAGCUUUUAAGUAUAUCGCAAACGGUGACCUAGAAGGGUGUUGUCAGCAGUUUGAAUUCCCGGCAGAAGAGGAGCGGACCUGGGAACGACCACCGCCCCAACCACGACCAACUCUCACGCCUUCCCUUCCAUCGCGGGGCGGACGGGGAGGAAAUCGUGGUGGCAGAUAUAAUAAUCAGUUCUCGCGAGGUGGGCUCACUGGUGGGCGACGACAGUCAAACACUGGAAACAAGUCCAACUUCCGGCAACCGAAUACUGGCACUGCAACAGAUAUCUCUUUGCAAGCCCAACAGCAAGCACAGUAUCUUCUGCAUGACCAGUUAUACCAACAAAUCCAGCUUUUGCAGGCCCAGGAGCAAGAAUUGCGGAUGCAAUUACAUAGCCAGGCAUUGAUUACUGGGAGACCACCGCCGGUAUUCAUCCGUCAGCCAUUUAUCCAAUUUCCAGUUCCUCAACAGCAAGAGUUCUCAGACGAAAGCUCACGGCCGAGGUCAGGAACAGGAGCAGCAAGCCAUGCUACUCUGAGCCCAACUCAACGACAACAAACAAUGUAUAACCCUACCCCUACUUAUGCUUCAGUUGGUGCAUCUGGCUCACAGGUGACCACCAACCCUCCCUCGCCAUCUGCUGUUAGUGUUAUGCCUGAUACUCGUCGUAACUCUCGGCGAUUGUCGGCUGCCAACGGAUCCCCGAAGUCUCUUCGUGCGCAUUCACAACCUGCACGGCCUCAGGGCUCACCCUCUCUCCCCAACUAUAUUCCUCUUUAUACCAUGCCGCCACCCACGGAGAACUGGUCAAAACAAAGGCCGGCCACCGAGUCAGAAGGCGGAGAAGGCAGUGGUGACGAGAACGCAAUGCGCUCAAACAGCCUUGCCAGCAAUGGAUCCCACUCAACGUCUGUGGAUGACAAUCGGCCGCAAGAUGUUUUGGGUUAUUAUAUAACUCCUCAACAACUGCAAGCCUUCCAGCAAGGUUCUAUGCUGCCACCAUUGUCCACGCAGAUGGGUCUAGUCUCGAAUGGAUAUUCGUUUAUCCCCCUUCAGCCAGAUUACCGACCGGGAUCGUUCUCGUCGGAAACUGCUCACUCCGAGCACACUCCAACUUCCAAGCCCCCGUCGCAACCCGUCCAAUCUACUCCACGCCCAGCUGCACCCGGUCCUUUGAUCGUCGAUGGAUCGGUGCGUCCGAGUGAGGCUCGCUCCGCAUAUCCACCUGACUUGAUUGACCCUUACUCUGCCGUAAGCCAUUAUACGUCGUCGGAUGAUCACAACAUGAACACACCUGCAAGUUUCUCCGAUUCUUUGUCUCAAGAUUACCAGGAUUCCGGGUCCUUUGACUUGGAGAACUCGGCUGUCUUCACUCGGCCAUCUACGGAAACGCAAAAGGUUAAUGGCGCGGGCGGGGAACAGCAGUCAGACGGGAAUGGCCAAUCUGAGCUUCUUGCUAGUCGGCUGCAGAACUACCACCUCUCGAAUUCCGAGAAGCUGGUACAGCAACCCACGAAGACAAGUCCGGAUCGACCAAGGAAUGGCAUAACACAAGCAUCAGGAAAAGAAGCCGGUCAACCUAAGCACUCGGGACAGAUGAGCGAGAAACCUGCCUCAUCCGGGCCGAAUGAGAAUCGGCAUCAGUCAACCAACUCCAAGCGCCGAACCAACGGAGACCAUUCCGACAAGCCGAACGGUGUUAAUGGCAAGAGCAAGCCAAAAGGCCAAGGCCGACACGACAGCUCUCACAACGCUGCUCCAGGCACCAAAGAUCGACACAAUGACUCCCGGAGAUCAGGCGGACAGGCUAACGGCGCAACCGAUGGCAGCCAUGGAUGGCAGACGACCAAGAAGAAGAACCGCAAGAACACCAGAUCGUCAACAGAGUCUAGAAGCGGCGUUAACAGCGGUCAUGAUCUCGUUCCUACAGAUGAUUCUUUACGAAAGGGCGGUUGA